AGGGAACGGAAUGGCGCCGAGUAAGAGAGGAUGGAUUAUUACUCUCAUCAUAGGUCUUUCUGCAUCAGUUAGCUUCUCAGAUGAAAUAAGUAGGUCUCAAGAAAUCGAAAGAGGGUGGCACCAGGAAUGGUAUGAUUGGGGACACCAAGCAAAAGCACAGCAAAUCAACAGAAUCGGAAACUGGGACUCCGCAGCUUCUCAGCAGACUAAUAACUGGGGCGCUGCCGAUGCUCAGAUAAAAAGUGAUGGAAGCUGGAUUGAUGGUCAAGGCAGUCAACAAGGCUCCAGAGGAUGGUCAGCAGAUGAUAUUCAACAAAAGGAUUGGCAGACUAGUAGCGGUCAGCAACCAUCCGCGGGAAACUGGGAACCAGGUGAUGAGCAGCUGAAAAUUGUCCAAGGUGGAGGCAAUGCGGCUAAUGGCUGGAACCAGGGGGAUUCACAAAUCAAAUACGACCAGACAACUGGCGGAUGGAAUGAAGCAGAUGCCCAAAUUAAAGACCAGGGUGUAUGGUCCACCGGUGGAACAAGAUCAGGUGGUGGCUGGGAUGCAGCGAAUGCCCAGAUUAAAGACGAUACAUCAGGAAGUGCUGGAAGAGGACAAUCAAUAGGGGGUAGCUGGGGAUCGUCUGUUCCUGGAACCGAUCAAUUAGUUGGCAUUCAGGCACCAGAUGGAGGAGCAAGAAAUGACGUUGUUGACUGGAGCGGAAGACCACAAGGAGGAUCGUGGCAAGCAGGCGAUGCCCAGGUUAAAGACCCUUCAAUCACAGAAACUCCAGAACAAGGCGGUAGAAGUUGGAUUCCAGGUGAUAAUAGACAAGGAACAAGAGGAUGGGCACCUGGGGAUUCACAGGUGAAAGAUGACGGAUCAUGGACUAGCAGUGGAGGUCAAGCCCCUCGCGGAGCUACUUGGAGUCCUGUAGAUGCCCAAAUCAAAGAUGGAGAAAGAGGAGUAGGUCAAGGACAUCAACGGGGUAUACAGGAUACAGGAAGAGGAAUAGGGCAAGGACCCCAGAGGGAUAUUCAGGAUGCAGAUCAAGGACCCCAAAAGGGUAUUCAGGAUAUAGGAAGAGGUAUAGGGCAAGGACCCCAACAGGGUAUUCAGGACGGUUAUGAUCAAGGUACUACUGGUGUUACAGGAACUGCAGGUGGAGAUUAUAUCGGUACCCAAGAUGGAGUUCAGCCUGGACGAGACACAAGCUGGACUGGAACACCCGGAUUUGAUCAAGCUGGGGUGCCCUCACCCCCAUCUCCUGGGCAAGCAGGGGAUACUAUCGGCAGCCAAGAUCUACCCGGAGGAGAUGUUGCCGGUUUCCCAGGAAGUGAUGGACUGGGUGCCUCACCCGCUCCAGGUCUAGGCUUCGAAGGCAUUCGGGGAGACACUGGUGGAGGACCACCACGUGGUGCAAGGCCGCCGUUCCCUCAAGGUAACUACAAAGGCGGGGAUACAGUAUACCCUGGAGAUGACCCCAGCCAAUGGAGAUUGGAAGAUUCCAUUCCUGGAACACCUGGAGUGGAUUAUCCAAACUACAAUACCGUACCGGCUACUUCUUUCGAUUGUAAACAACAAGAAUAUCCAGGAUAUUAUGGUGAUCCAGCAGCUCAAUGCCAGGUAUUUCAUAUAUGCCAAUCUGAUGGGCGCCAUGAUUCCUUCCUCUGCCCACUGGGAACGAUCUUCAAUCAGCAGUACUUCGUUUGUGAUUGGUGGUUCAACUUCAACUGCGCAGAUACAUCAUCUUACUACGGCCUAAACGCAGAUCUCUACAAACCAGGUCAUGGAGGAAAUUUCAAAGGAACUCCUUUCGAAGGCGCCGGACAACCUGGAUCUGCUGUUCCAGGAGCAGGAUUCCCAGCUACAGGAGUAGAACUAGGAUCUGCCAUUCCAGGAACAGGCUUCCCAGUUGCAGGAGAAGGAUCUCGAUCUCCUGUUCCAGGAGCAGGUAUCCCGGCUACAGGGGAACUACCUGGAUCUGUCGUUCCAGGAGCAGGAUUUCCGGCUAUAGGAGGAGGACCUGGAACUGGUAUUCCAGGGGCAGGAUUCCCAGCUACAGGAGGAGAACCGGAAUCUGCCGGUCUUGGAGCAGGGUACCCGACUUCAGGAGCAGGAGGUAUUCCACUUGCACCUGGAUCACAGGAAGGAGCUGGAUAUGAUAGCGAUAUUGGUAGUGUUUCAGAUGGUCUAGCACCAAGUGGGAAUACUGGCGGAGGCUUAGUACCAGAUACCCCAACACAAAUUGGACCAUCCGUUGGGCAACCAGGAGGAAGUCUGGGAACAGUUGGUGGACCCGCAACCACUCUGGGAGUCUCUACGGGACAAGGGUUAAGGCCAGUCUCUGCUGGAGUACCGAGUGUCCCUUCAGGAAUACCUCGUGGAACACCAAAUGUCCGUGACAGCAAAAAAUCUCCCGUUGUACAGGGACCUUGGAGACCAGGUGGACAACAACGAUCCGAUCUAGAUCGUGGGUCCAAGCGAGGAGCAUGGAGGGGAGACCAAGGUGCUGGACCUGGUGGAAGUUGGCGUGUUAAAGGGGGUUCUGCUGUUGGAAAUCGGGUCAACAGGUGGGCAGCAGCAGGAAGUAAUGUUGUCAACAAAAGGUUUGGUUAUCUAAGACCUGAAGAUUCUACAACUAAGGUGAAACAAAACCAUGAUAAAACAAUCAUUAACACACAAACUGGAAACUGGAAGACAAAUGAAUCGUCAGCAGAUGCUUCAAGGAGAAGCAACUGGAAAAAUGUGGGUGAUGAUUAUGCUUUUGAACAAAAUCACAACGAAGGCUUAGCGAGUGAAAUGAUACCAGUUUCAGCGAGGCAACAGGACACCUGGGAUGAGAACACGGAUUCCUCAGAAAGACGUGACCAUAUAAUCUCUGCUGCAUCUGCUUUAGGUAAAAAUCCGAUUGCUGAAGGCCUAGGAAAUGAUUCUUUGGAUUCUGGUAGUGAGAAAAUUGAAUUAGCUCCAAAAAACGUUGCCGUUGAAGAUGCUGAUGGAAGAAAAAACGAAAAUGGCAAAAGAUGGAACAGCACCAGCAGCAAACUGAAGACAAAUUCAAAGAAAUCCUGGUGGAGAGGACAAGAAAUACGGAGAGCUCAGAGGGGCAUAGCAAGGAAGAACAAUUCGGGCCAAAUCGACCAAAUCUCUCAGAACGUUGGCAGCCAUUGGACACAUUUAGAAACAGAUCUGGAUCAUACCCAAAAGUGGAAUUCCAAAAACACUCACCACCACAGGUAGAAUGACUCGACGUGCCGUUUUAGAAUUGACGUGCCGUUUUAGAAUCAUCCAAUGCUCCUCAAAUCGUUAUUUAUAAUAAUUAUAUAAACAACAGACGAUAUACAACUGAUUGUACAUACUUAUUCAUAAAGUUAUUUCAAUGUUACGUAUAUUAAUAAUGUUUGUGAAGUAAUACUAUGCUCAUUUUUAUAUUCAAUCGAUUCUGGUUAAUAGGGAUACCUGUUUAUUGGAACCUGUUUGUUUGUUAUGAAUCUCAAAUAUGGUGUAUACAUUUUUGUUAUGAAGGGUAUUCUAAGCUUAUUUGGGACAGCUUUUUUGUUUAACACCUGCUGGGGAGUUUAUUAUCUAACCAAUUUGGUUUAAGUUGGUAGGGUCCACUGGUUGAUUUGAGAUUCCGUUUAUUUGGCAAAUACCUCAAAAUACAAACACCGUUUUUGUACAAGAAGAAGGGUUCUGGCAGAGUAAUUGCGACACCCUCGAAAUACGGAGCUUUUUUCAUAAUUCCAUGAAUUCCGAUUAAUUGGAAUUGAAAGGAUUAAUAUAACUAGAAUUUUUGAUUAAUUCACGUAAACAGUAUAUAAUCUAGAGUUUAUAGAAAGGUCUUCAAACUUUUUCAACUCAGGGAACCAAUAAAACUAUAUAUAUAUAUAUUUUUGUGGCAACCUUACAAUAGUCAGGAAAGUAAAUAUCAAUACAUUUUAUGCGGAAAACUGAAAAAAAAAUCAUUAUUUCUAAGGAUGGAAUAAUUGAGUCGUCAUAUUCCAAAAUUAGAGAUUCAAAAUCUAGAAUUUUUUCGUCAUUCGAAUUUUUCGAAUCAUAAUCCAAAAACUGUUAAGUGUUCGAAUCAUAAUCUCAAAACUUUGAAUAGAUAAGUUUUAUUGACGUCUAACAAUACUCCUGUAACCAGUCAGCGUUUGUAGCAGGAAACAGAUUCAAAUUCUGGGCAGUAAGUGCACAAAUGCGGCUUUGCUUUUUCGGUCGAUAUUUAGCUUAUGUGCUGCAAACCUUAUUCCUAUCUUCAUGGUCCACUUUCAAGAGUACUGAUGCCAAAUUAUAUUUAACCGUUUCCGGCACGCUACCUUUUAAAGUCGGAGUUCUGAUUUAAAAAAAAAAAAGGUAGGCAGUCUAAUUAGGCUUAGAGGAGUAUACAAGUAAAAUUUUGUGAAGAUAGCACUUAUCGUUUUAAUU